AUGCCUGGUCCCAAGGAAGGUCAUUUGCCGGGGGGAUAUGCCGGCACUCCGCAAGGCACUCGGCCCCUUCCGCCCUACCGCCGCCCCCACCGCGGUCGCGCCUGCUGCGGAAUCUGCCUCCUCCUCAAGGUCUUGAUCAAGAUCAUCGUCGCCAUCGUCAUCGUCCUGGCGAUUGCCGCCCUCGUCGUCUGGCUGGUUCUCAGACCGACUAAUUUGGUGUUCUACGCCGAAAACGCCUAUGUGACAAGUUUCAAUCUCACCAACGCUGGCAUUCUCACUUACGAUCUCAAGAUGGACAUGAGUCUGAGAAACCCCAACAAGAAAGUUGGGGUUUACUAUGAGGAUGUAGAGGUACUGGCUUUCUAUGGUGGGCAGAGAUUUGGGUGGAUCAAUCUUCCGAGUUUCUACCAGGGGCACAAGAACACCACCAUGAUCUACCCUGCUUUCGGUGGAAAACCUACGAUGAUUUCUGAGGGCUCGGUUGGCAACGAGUUCAACAGAGAUAGUGUGAAGCAAUUGUAUCAUAUUGUAGUGAAGUUGAAGACCAACAUGAAGUUCAAGGUUGGGAGCCUCAAGACGAACAAGUUUUCCGCCAGAAUUGUUUGUGAUUUGUUGGUUCCAUUGGCUGCAACUAAUUCAUCUGGUGAAGUUGGUUUUAGCAGAACCAAGUGUGAUCUUCACGUUCUGUAA